AGGUGGACUAGCAGUACUUGGUGGAAAAGGGUUCCCCUUUAUCGGGACUAGAGUCGAAUACGCUCCCUCGAGUCUCUUCCCCUCAAGUGUAUGAGGAAGUGAGAAUUCCAGUUUGCGACUGUCCACGGUUUUUCCACCCGUCACAGUCCCAUUGUGUGAGAGAUGGGACCUCGAAAGGGGAAAGUGCAGCAGGAGCAGCCAGUUUUGGCAUUGGGACCUCAGGCUUUGGAAGGAGAGAAUGUGUUUGGAGUGGCCCACAUCUUUGCCAGCUUCAAUGACACCUUUGUUCAUGUCACUGAUCUUUCGGGCAGGGAGACAAUUUCUCGAGUGACUGGUGGGAUGAAGGUGAAGGCUGAUCGAGAUGAAGCGUCCCCUUAUGCCGCCAUGUUGGCAGCUCAGGAUGUGGCUGAGAAGUGUAAACUGGUGGGGAUCACGGCCCUUCACAUCAAACUCAGAGCAACCGGAGGAAAUCGCACCAAGACCCCUGGACCUGGAGCUCAGAGUGCAUUGAGAGCCUUAGCCCGGUCUGGAAUGAAGAUUGGACGCAUUGAAGAUGUGACUCCAAUACCUUCAGAUUCCACCAGGAGGAAGGGUGGCCGCAGGGGGCGUCGUCUGUAAUGGAAUGUUCCAUAUGUUCCAAUAAAGACUCCCCUAUCUGUCA